AUGGAUAACACAACGCAGGAGAAGAUCCACGAUGUCAGAAUUGAAGACUCCUCGCAACCGGGACUCGCUGGACCUACCGACAAAAUCCAGCAUUCAGAAGAGCAUGUGCCGGCCGAGCUCAUCAAUGGCGUACCAUACUGGCGCACCAAGCUUUUCCUGGGAUCCUUCUGGGCCAUUGGCUUCGGUCUCCUUGCCUGUUAUGCAGGCUUUGCAAUGCCCGCAAACACCCUGGGAUUAAUUGACGCCGACAUCGGUCCAAGUCCCAACAUAAAUUGGGUUGCCCUCGUGUGGACAUUGACUGUCGCUGUGGGUUAUACUCUUGUCGGACGUCUCAGCGACAUUUUUGGUCGACGAUAUUUCUUUAUCGGCGGUGCUGUGCUUGGUUUAAUUGGAAGCAUUGUCGCGGCCACUGCGAAGAACGUCAAUGCAUUGAUUGGUGCCACCGUGCUUCUCGGGUUGGCCGCUUCAUCCCAGAUCUCUUUCACCUACGUGACUGGCGAGCUCGUCCCGGUCAGACAUCGAUUCAUCGUCAACGGCCUGAUCAAUUUCGUGAACAUGCCCGUUGGCGUUUUCGGCCCAGUCAUAGCAAGGUCUUUGAUUCUGCACACAUCUGCCGGAUGGCGCUGGAACUACUACAUAUGCAUUAUACUGAAUACUUUGUCUCUCAUCCUGUGGACACUCUUCUACUUCCCACCAGAUUUUGCCCACCUUCACAAGGUCCGUUCUCGCUGGCAAGAGAUCAAAAGCAUCGACUACGUCGGCGUUUGCCUAUUCACAGGCGGCCUACUUCUUUUCUUGAUGGGUCUGUCCUGGGGAGGUAGUCAAUAUCCUUGGAGGUCUGCCCACGUCAUCGCAUGCAUCGUCGUCGGAUUCGCGACUAUAGUGGCCUUCAUCCUGUACGAGACGUACUCCGGGGUUUAUCGUCCGUUGGUACCAAUGCACAUCUUCAGAGAUUUUCAAUACGAUGCCAUUGUCAUCCUCACAACAGUUGGUGGCAUGAUCUAUUACUCCAUGACCGUGAUCUACCCGACCGCUCUUACGGUCCUGUAUACAACCGAUACAAUGAAGGUCGGCUGGCUCUCUUGCGCCGUAGGUGGUGGAACCCUUUCUGGGCAAGUCAUUGGCGGCCUCAUCGCGAUGCGCAUUGGCCACAUCAAGUACCAAAUGAUCUUCGCGGCAACUAUCAUGUCGGUCUUCAUCGGAGCAUUAGCUGCUCAGACCAAAGAAACCGUACACUUGUCUUCCGCCUUUGCAACCUUAGGAUGCUUCGGUCUCGGCUAUGUCGAGAUCCUGGCAGCCACCGCGGCCACUUUCGUGAUCAAGAAUCAAAAACAAAUGGGCACGCCGAACGGAAUCUUCGGAAGUAUCCGAAGUGCCGGCGGAGUCCUCGCAACCACGAUCUACCUGACUAUUUUAUCCAAUACCAUGACCAAGAACACCACAACAAUUGUCAUUCCCGCCCUGGUCAAGGCUGGCUUACCCAAGACAUCUUUGGCCGCAUUCCUUGUGGCCCUCAACAGCGGUGUCGCCUCAGCAAUCGAGGCCGUUCCCGGGGUAAAUGCAAAGAUUAUCCUGGCCGGCUCGGAGGCAUUGGUGGCUGCCUACACGGAUGCAUUCCAGAAAGUAUUCCUCGCCAGCAUCGCAUUCGGUACUUGCUCCGUCGCGGCCGCUUGCGUGCUCAAACCCUUCACCAAGGAGGAACUCUCCGGUGCUAUCGUCUUUCACUUGGGUAAGGAAGCCGUCCACAACCGAGGUGACGGAGCCGUGGAAGCGCAUGCGGCUGAAAGUGAAGAAGCGCCGCUCGAUUAA